GAGCCACGUACGCAGCUAAGGUGGGGCCAGCAAUCGUUGCCCCUUUCAGUCUCCAAUCACGUCAGACACUCACUGCACGAAUUCCUCGAGCGACAUGCUCUCCGCCGCCGUAACUCGUUCCACCCGCAUGACGGUUAAGGCCGUGCGCGCUGCCAGCUCCUUCCGUGUCGAGACGGACUCGAUCGGAGAGGUCAUGGUGGACGACACCAAGUACUGGGGCGCGCAGACGCAGCGCAGUCUCGAGAACUUCCCCAUCGGCGGCGCUCGCGAGCGCAUGCCUCUGCCUGUAAUCAAGGCCUUUGGCGUCGUUAAGAAGUGCGCCGCCAAGUACAACCUUAAGCAGGGCAAAUUGGACGCCGCUGUGGCCGACAAGAUCAUUGCCGCGGCCGAUGAUGUCAUUGCCGGCAAACUGGACGACCACUUCCCUCUUGUGGUUUUCCAGACGGGCUCAGGCACUCAGUCCAACAUGAACACGAACGAGGUCAUCAGCAACCGCGCCAUUGAACUGGCUGGCGGUGAACUGGGCAGCAAGUCACCUGUGCACCCGAACGACCACGUUAACAUGGGCCAGUCGUCCAACGACUCGUUCCCUACGGCCAUGCACAUCGCCGCUGUGCAGGAGAUCCACCGAGUGCUGCUUCCUGGUCUCCACAAACUGCACGACGCUCUGGACGCUAAGGUCAAGGAGUUCGACGACAUUAUUAAGAUCGGACGCACCCACACGCAGGACGCCACGCCUCUGACUCUGGGACAGGAAUUCUCCGGUUACCGUGAGCAGAUCGCGCUCUCUAUUGAGCGUGUGGAGCGUGUCCUGCCCAACCUGUGCAAGCUCGCUCUCGGUGGAACUGCUGUGGGCACGGGACUCAACACGUCCAAGGGCUACGACGCUGAGAUCGCCAAGAUCAUCGCCGAGGAGACCAAACUCCCGUUCAUCACGGCUCCCAACAAGUUCGAGGCUCUGGCGGCCCACGACGCUGUGGUGGAGGCCAGUGGCGCCAUGAACACAAUCGCCUGCUCGCUCAUGAAGAUCGCUAACGACAUCCGUUUCCUCGGCUCGGGUCCGCGUAGUGGCCUGGGUGAGCUUACGCUGCCUGCCAACGAGCCUGGCUCGUCUAUUAUGCCUGGCAAGGUGAACCCCACGCAGUGUGAGGCCAUCACGAUGGUCUGCGCGCAGGUUAUGGGCAACCACGUGGCUGUGACCGUGGGCGGCUCCAACGGCCACUUCGAACUUAACGUGUUCAAGCCCGUGAUGAUCAGCAACUUGCUGUCCUCGAUCCGCCUCAUCGGCGACAGCUGCAACGCCUUCACGGACAACUGCGUUGUGGGCAUUGAGGCCAACCGUGAGAAGAUCGACCAGCUCAUGAAGAACUCGCUCAUGCUCGUGACGGCGCUGAACCCGCACAUUGGCUACGACAAGGCCUCCAAGGUGGCCAAGACGGCGCACCAGGACGGCGCUACGCUGCGUGAGACUGUCAUCAAGCUCGGAUACCUCACGGGCGAAGAGUUCGACCGCUUUGUGCGCCCCGAGGACAUGAUUGGCCCCAACUAAGCUUCUACAGUACUCUUAAAACGGUCACUAAGCGCUGCAGAGGACAGAGUUGUGUCCGCUAUGCGUCGUUGCAUGCAGAUCAACCUGGUUCGGAGUUGUGCAAGUAAAAAAACACACAAAAUAAAACAAGUGAUCGCUCUAUGGAAUGGUUCAAUCAACAGGAAAUGUGACGAGACUCAAAGCUCAGUACGUUGCGCUUCCGGUGUUGCCAUUGCAGCGACUGUCGGUACUGACAGCGUUCGUCUCCGGUCGUCGGAGCUCUGCAUCUCAUAAAUAGCGGCUUGGAAAGGCAAGUACAGAGCGUUCUGAAAAGCAAAUGGCACACAAAAGUUAUGCAAUCAGAAAGUGUCUACGCAGCUUCAUUGUUUAGCAUUUGACUCACCAACUGCCUCUCCGCCGUUCCUAAGUCCUUGGACAGCUCCACGGACUGUCGAUUAAGCUUGGCCAGCACUUGAUUGAACUGGCAGCAACGAGAUUUGGGAAGGUGACAAUGUCAAUAAUUCGCAUUCUACCCGCUGUGUGCUCCAACUAUUUGGCAUU